UGCUCCUGCGCACUAACUCGUGACGUAGGUCUCUUGUAACCACCAUUUUGACGACCUCGCCGGUAGUAGACUAUGUGGAGCAGUGUCGUACGCAGCGCCGGUCUGGCGCCGUACCUGACCGCCACAUCGCAGUGUGUGGCGUCUCAGCUACGGCCUCUCAUCCCAGCGGUCGCCGUGAAGGCGGACUCGGUGCUGGUACCGCCAGCCGUCGAGCCCCAGACGAGUUACACCUUGUCCAAGACGCUACCGCGCAGUGCGUUACGAGUGACCUCUGGUGUACACGGGCCAAGCCAAGUGCGGUUUGCCCACAGUGACAUCACAGUGCCAGACUUCACCGACUACCGCCGUCGUGAGGUGCAGGAUCCCAACAAGCCUUCCGUCAGCAGCGAUGUCUCCCGUAAGGCCUUCUCCUACAUGCUGGUGGGCGGCACUGCAGUCACCUGCGCCUACGCUGCCAAGAACGUCGUACAGGAUCUUGUCACCACCAUGAGCGCAUCAGCCGACGUGCUGGCCAUGGCCAAGAUCGAGGUGAAGCUGUCCGAAAUCCCGGAGGGGAAGAGCGUGACCAUCAAGUGGCGCGGGAAGCCCCUCUUCGUCCGCCAUCGCACAGAUGAAGAAAUCAACGAGGUCCGGGCGGUAGAUCACACCACCCUGAGAGAUCCCGAGCCGGACGACAUCCGGGUACAGAAGCCGGAGUGGCUGGUUCUGAUCGGCGUGUGCACACAUCUGGGCUGCGUCCCGAUCGCCAACGCUGGCGACUACGGAGGCUACUACUGCCCCUGCCACGGCUCACACUACGACGCAUCAGGAAGGCUAAGGAAAGGCCCCGCCCCAUACAAUCUCGAAGUCCCAGAAUACGUGUUCCCAGAUGAAGAAACACUUAUUGUAGGUUAAUAGAAGUUCAACUCAAGUUUGAUACAUGUACAGAAAAAGUCAGAAAUACAUUAAUCAUCCCACAGUAAACUGUUGACGAAAACAUAUGGCAACUUUUAAGGUUGUGAAUCCAAGUUGAAGGCGAGUCAUACUGAGUGUAGUUUAUUAUUGCCCAUAUGCAAGUCAUUACACAGAUUGACAAGUACCUAGUUACAUGUGUAUUUUAAAGAACUGAUGUGUCCAAAGAACCAUCUUGUAUGUGAUCACUGAAUAAACCAUUGGCUGUGUGAAAUGGUUAC